UGUUGACAAUUGAAAUCGUAUUCACUUGACGGUAGAAAAUAUUGCUUUUAUAAUGUGUUCACUACCGGCGCAAAGUUACUAUGUUUUACCACACAAUCAAAAUCACAAUCAGAUUCUGUCGCGAACUUUAAGAGCGGCAAACUCUGACAUGUCUUUUACUGAUGGCUGGCAAACCUCGAGCUCACACUUAUAUCCAUCCAACGUCUCAUCAUUGAUGCCAAUCGACUCUCAAGAGAUCCAGUCAUCCGUUUAUUACGACACCACUCCAAGCGCUACUAAUCUUAAUGGAGAUAAU